UAACCAACUCAACGGCAUCGAAUUGUCGGGGCGUUGAAGAGGACUUAUUCUCGUCUUUUUUCUGAUUCAAUGUACCGCUACUCAUAAAUAAGGUCUUUAGGCUGAAUUGCCUAUGGUUUGUUUACCAUGGCUGUUUCAGCCAACGUGAGCACGCUAAUAGAGCAGCUUAUCGCGGCCGUCGCAAAGGCUGACGCAAAGGACAUACCGCGCUUUGCAAUCACUAAGCGUCGUGCGGAAGAAACAGUCAAGGCUGGCGCUCAUGGCCGUACAGAUCAGUUUGCCGUUGCCAAGCAGCUCGAUGGACUGCAGGAGAAAUUCCAAAUCCUCAACAGGGAUGAGCUUGCAGAUGCACUUCGUACCAGAUUGCUAGAGCUCGAUGAGCGUCGGAGCUCAUGGGCUCCUGAGUUUCUGUCUUUGCUACUAGAGCUUGCGGAUCGCCCGGCUCAAUUUUCACGAGUGGAUCAAAUUGCAAAGUCAGAGCCUCAAGAGGAGGUCGCACCUCUUACCUGGACCGAGUUGGAUACGGCGGGUUCGGCAUUCUGCGACGAAGAUAUUUGGGAAGCCGUAGACUACGGAGCUGACUCUUCCGACGAAGAAAUCACAUCACUAUCAUUGUCAAGUGACGGCUAUCAUCUGCGGUCUCUUCCUCAGACUUCUAUAGCACCAGACGAGGAUUUCGUGAUCCCGGAUGAUCUACUAACAUUGGGCGAUGACGAAGAUCUCCUAGAGUCGAUCAAGAAGGCACAAUACUGGAGAAAAGGCAUUCCUCCACAUGACAACCACGAAGUAGUGUCAUCUUUGGUCUUGACAGAACUUGAGGUUAUCCGGGAAACAAUUUUCAUGCUGCAGGGUCUGCCCACGUCUAUGUUUCGACGACUCAAUGGUAGGGUGGAAGUAGAUCGGAGCUAUACUAUCGCCCAUUUAUCGACUGGAACACUGUCUUCCACCUUACGAGCCUUAAGCUCGGUCGGGGCUCAAAUCGAUGUCCUUAGGUCGUUCACCCGGCUGCCGCUGACUAUCCCCCAUAUGCAAACUUGUCAACGUGGACUAGAAGGUUGUCUAAGUAAAUUUGACAUUAUCCUCUCGGAUAUGCAACGCCAAUAUCUGACUCCAUCAUCAACUGUUCCUGUCAGUCUUCUGCAGCUUUUCGAAGAUGUGCGCCGUGAGUCCAGGCUUCUCUUGAUAGUGUCAGAUCUUGUCUCUAGGCUUGAUUUGGCGAGAGUGGACGCUUCCGUACGGUGUCUUAAUCUCCUCUACGAUAUAGUUUGCUUGACUCAAGCGACUGGGGACGACGAGGGGUUUACGACCCUUGCUCAGCUAUUCUUCUCAUGUUUCGAGACCUAUGCCCGCCCCAUGCGUCUAUGGCUGGAGACAGGCAAAUUAGAAGAUUCGAUCGAUUAUGGAUUUUUUAUACACCACCAGCAGAAAGAAGGUGAUCUGAGGACACUGUGGCAUGAUUGGUAUACGCUCGAUGAGCCCUCACAGCUCUCGUCCGUGCCGAAAUUCAUCCAACCAAUCAUGGAAAAAGUUCUUAAGACUGGCAAAAGCAUGGUAUUUCUACGUCACUUGAACACGACUCUGGAUGAUGAGUAUCGCAGUAGAACAAAUGUGACACUGGAGGAUGUGUGCCCCCCGGACUCUCCCUCAUUUUACCUUCCAUUUUCUAUCUUACUGGAGUCUGCUCUUGACAGGAUGGUCGAGGAGAAUUGCACCGCUACAUCCGCUUUAUUGAGAAGUAAAUUGGACCAGCAGUGUGGUCUGUGGGAAUCGCUUCAGGCCCUGGAGUACAUCUACCUGUGUCGAGACAUGAGUAUCUCUGGUCCGAUUGACAGCAAAGUAUUCGACCUGAUUGAUAGAGGAAAAGAGGUAUGGAGCGACCGAUUCCUCCUCACUGAGUUGGCACAAAGUAUCUUUGGGUCGGUACCAUGCAUUGAUCCCUCACGGCUCAUCGUACGAUCCUCGACCGAUGUGCUAAUCAGCGAGAGAAACCGCGGCCGAUCAAUGAACAUACUCAAUGUAAUCUCAUUUGAUUACAUUCUUCCGUGGCCUGUCGCGAAUAUCAUCCCUAAAAGCGCCAUCUACGACUACCGGCGGAUCUCUACAUUCCUCAUGCAAAUCCGCAGAGCGAAGUAUGCCAUACUGAAGCAGCGCUUACAGCAUAGUAAUAUUCAGGACAAGAUCCAGGACACAAGGAAUAAUACGUUGAGCUAUGCGCUGCGACAUAACAUGCUCUGGUUUCUCAAUGCUCUGUACAGUCACUUGACAGACUUUGUCAUAUCAACAUCAAUCGCCUCGCUACGAAAGGCUCUGUGUGCUGCCAAAGAUGUCGAUAGCAUGAUAGAGGCUCACUACACCUUCAUGUUCUCUUUGAAAGAACAGUGCCUACUCUCGGCAAAUUUCGAGCCCCUCCAUCGAACCAUUAUCGCUAUUCUCGACCUCUGCGUCCGCUUUGCAGAUGUUCAAGCUACACGUUACGGAAACAGACAGUCUCAAUUCCGGACGACUUUCAAGCAUACAAUUUCUUCGACCGGGUACCGCAAGACCCGUGAAAACGUUCAUGAUGAUGAAGAUAAUCUAAGCGACGAAGACGAGGACGCUGCCUCGGACACCAAUGAAGACGAAAUUGAUGUCUCAUUCCAUGAGCCAAAUUACCUAGAGCAGAUCAAAGAGAUCAAACAUCAGUUUGAAAGGCUGGUCGCUUCUGUGAUAGCUGGUCUGAAAGGUGGGGCCCGCGUUGACGGUCAGUUGAGCUGGGAUAUGCUGGCCGAGAAGCUUGAAUGGAAAAAGGCAGGCGGACCAAUCAUGAUGACCGGGCCUUCUGGCCCCUAUUGAUGGCAAGGAUGUUGCCUACCAUCAUCGAAAGAGAAUGAACACAGAGCUCGUUGCCACAUGCUAUUGCAAAGCAGAGCAUUAAGGCAUCCCGCAUUGUCGAUCGCAACAAUGACCUUAACUAGUUGUUCUCUUCCGGAGCAAGGCUGUCAUCUAAACUGCAAAAGCUCAACAUAUCUUGGGAGAAAUGAGACGCUUUCCAAUUGACGCCGAGUUGACCUCCGAGCGCAUUAUUCAGUGCACAGGUAACGGAGUCCCAUAAAGACUGGCACGAAUCUGGAGGGCCACAAAUCGCGAAUAGAAUCCAGCUUGGCCCACCUCUCCCCCCAUAUAUCACAGACCAUGAUUUAAAUCGAUUGAGUUAGCUCCCAACAACCAUGUAGACCAUUUACCAGAACAACGGAGCACAAACUGCACAUACGGC